UUUAAGUAAAGAUAGAGUUCUCUCAGGAUUAAAAGAGGCUGUUUAUAAAUGCGCUUUUUGCUUUCAUUUUAGAUACAAAGCGGGUAAAUCUAUUUCAUUUCUCGUAUAUCUUACACAGCCCGGAGACACAGAAAAAAUGAGGACAGUGAAAGGAACGACCUUUUCAUCAUUAUCAUUAGUUGUGUUCUGCUUGUUUGCUUUUGUUAUUGUGUGUCAACGGACGGUGAAAGCUCAGUCUUUGCCGCCGGCGAAGUACGAUGGGUUCGUGUAUACCAACCACCGAGUUGACUCGGACACGAUCAUGAUCGAGGCGUUCUUCGACCCCGUCUGCUCCGAUAGCAGAGACGCAUGGCCCCCUCUCAAGCAAGCUAUUCAACACUACGGUCCUCGCGUUAUGCUUACGAUUCACCUUCUCCCUUUGCCUUACCAUGACUAUGCGUUCGCUACUUCCCGUGCCUUGCACAUUGUAAACCUGCUCAAUCCUUCUGCUACUUUCAGACUGUUGGAGAGCUUCUUCAAGCAUCAGGAGAGGUUUUUGACUGACCAAACACUCAACAUGUCGAAAGUUGCUGUUGUGAAUGACAUCGUAAAGUUUACAGCAGAAUCAGUUGGGAACUCCUAUUAUUCUGCAAUUAAAUCAGGUUUCAAUGACAGCAAAACUGAUCUUAAAACAAGAGUUUCUUUCAAGUAUAGUACCUCAAGAGGAGUGUUUGGGACACCUACUUUCUACAUCAACGGAUUUGCAUUGCCUGAUCCUGGCUCCGCAAUAGACUAUAAGAAAUGGAGAAGCGUCAUUGAUCCAUUGCUUGUUGCGCAGGGCAGAAAGAGGAAAGGAGCAACUUUUUCAUCAUUAUCAUCAGUUGCGAUCUGCUACUGCUUGUUUGCUUUUGUUAAUGUUUCUCAACGGACGGUGCAAGCUCAGUCUUUGCCGCCGGCGAAAUACGAUGGGUUCGUGUAUACCAACCACCAAGUUGACUCGGACACGAUCUUGAUCGAGGCGUUCUUCGACCCGGUCUGCCCCGACAGCAGAGACUCAUGGCCCCCUCUCAAGCAAGCUAUUCAACACUACGGUUCUCGCGUUAUGCUCACGAUUCACCUUCUCCCAUUACCUUACCAUGACUAUGCCUUUGCCACUUCCCGUGCCUUGCACAUUGUAAACCUGCUUAAUCCUUCUGCUACUUUCAGACUGUUGGAGAGCUUCUUCGAGCAUCAGGAGAGGUUUUACAAUGACCAAACACGCAACAUGUCGAGAGUUGCUGUCGUGAAUGAAAUCAUAAAGUUUACAGCAGAAUCAGUUGGGAACUCCUAUUAUUCUGCAAUUGAAGCAGGUUUCAGUGACAGGAAAACUGAUCUUAAAACAAGAGUUUCUUUCAAGUAUAGUACCUCAAGAGGAGUGUUUGGGACACCCACUUUCUACAUCAACGGAUUUGCAUUGCCUGAUCCUGGCUCCACAAGAGACUAUAAGGGAUGGAGAAGCAUCAUUGAUCCAUUGCUUGUUGCACAGGGCAGAAAGAGUGAAAAUUCUCCGCACUUAUUUUUAUGAAGAAGUCAGCAACAUAUCAGGACACAUUCUUCAAGUGGUAUUUGCUUGAUGUAUGAUAGUGAAUGAACACUGUUCCAGUAAUGUUGGAUGUUCUGUAGUUCAAGUAGCUGCCAAAGACAUAGGAUACACUAAAUAAAUGGUUUUUAUUAUCGCAUUUUUGGCAGUGAUUUGGGAGUUUCACAAGUAGAUUUUGUACUAAAAUAAUGGCUAAUGAUGUAUAUAAUUCAUAAUGAAAGUAGACUGUGUGUCAA